CACGCAGACCGGUUUUGUCUUCAAGCCCAACGAAAGUGAAAGUAUUUCUUUCUUCUAUCAGAUCAAGUUAAAACGUGUUGUUCGGGAAACGGAGAGAUUUCUUCAAGUUAUUUGUCGAUCAUGUUUCUCAUUUCAAGAUUACUAUUUUACUUGAUUCUGUGUACAGGUGCGCAGUGCAUCCAACAGGUGACCUGGCUGCCCUGUCUCUUCAUGGAUGAGCAUGUGUCUUUUAAUAAUGAGAGCCACCUUGAAACAAAGCUCAUUCGCCGAGAGGCUCUGCUGCAAUUUGGUCAAAAAGGAGAUACUUCUGUCAACCCACAGGUCGUCACGUUCCUGGUCACUGGAUCUAAACUGGAUCUGCAACGGUAUAUCAAGGCAGUGGAGGCAGCAGAAGUAGAGUGUGAGCUUCAUCGAUUCAGUACACCGGGUAUUCAUGUUCCCUGGCCAGUCAAGGGGGAGGAGAAGUACAGCCGCUGGUUCACCUCAACCCUCAGACACACGAAGGGCCUGUUCACAGUCACCGGAUUCCUCAGACAGCCAUCUGACCAGCCUCCCUCUGGACAGCAGGACUACUUCAGCUGGCCUGAAAUAAAGGAUGGAGAGAUGGUCACAACAACAGUUGUCCUGGUCACUGAAACACGAACUCCAACAGUGAAAGCAAGAUUGGGCUCUGAGCAAAAACUCCAUUGUCAGUAUGCUGUUGAUCACAAAGCACCGCACAUCACCGUGGAGUGGUAUUUGUAUCGUCAGGGGCAGAGAGAAGAACUUUUCAGCUACAACAGCCACACAGGACAGACCAAGGGCAGCGGGGUCCAGCUGAAGAGCCUGACAGGUGGAGAUGCUUCCCUGACUAUUCCCAAAGCUGAGAUUGGUUUUGAGGGAAAGUACUUCUGUUCUGUGUCUGUGAACCCUCUGUUCACCAGCAUGGAUGUGCUCCUACAUAUUGAAGAGCCCCCCCGGGUCUCCCUCAACGUCGAACCCUCGUUCUCUCUAGUUGAGGGUGAACUGGAGAAGAUUCUAUGUAUGGCUGAGAAUUUCUACCCUCUGGAUGUGGAUAUAGUUUGGCACAGUGAACACCUCCCUGCCUCGGGUCAGAGGGUGGGCCGGUCUCUGUCUAAGAUUCCUCACGCAGCCCAGAAGUCCAGCCACAAAAAAAAUAAGGACAAAACCUACUCCCUCUCAUCUUUCUUCUACCUUAAAGCCUCUUACAGGGAUUCUGGGAGACAGUUUACAUGCACUGUCUCUCAUCCGUCACUCAAAGAGCCCAUUGUGAAGAGCUUCAUCCUGACUGUGAGAGGGCCAAACUUCUGGGUGAUGUUUGUCAUUGUUGACUUGUUUUUGUUGAUCGUCUGUUACAAGGUGAUGCCGCGUUAUCUGUGCAAAGGAAAAAGAAGAUCAAUGCAAACGGCGUAUUGAACAGUUUUCAAAGACUGAGCUGAGCAAGAUGAAGGAGGAGAUUUGUGUUUUCGUUAGAUAGAGUGUUUAUAUUCAUGCUCGUACACUGGAUACUGAUUGCAAUAAAUAGAUUGUUUUCUGAUAUAUGACUUCAGGAAUUACAUGGCAAAAUAUCAUUUUAAAGCACCUGUAAGAGAUUUUGACCACUAGUUGUGCUGUGGAGCAGUACUUAAAUUUACUGAUUCUCAACCAGCCGUAAAUCACUGUAAGAUAUUACAUGUAAAUGAAGGGUUUCACUCUCCACAGAGUUGACUGCAAGGAAUCCUCCACGCUCAUGUAUCAGUAAAACUCUGCAGGGCAGAGAUUUUCUGAUGCCAUUCAAACUGCAACCUACACUUCUACAUUUUUUCUCUCCCUGCUCAUGGAGAGUCGCCUCUAGAGAGCUGCAGAGCCAAAAUCAAAAUAUCAUGCCUAAGAUCAGCUGGUAAGGACAUGCUGCAUUAAUAUGACAGAAAAGAGGUUUGUUUUUGGUUUGUUUGUUUGUUUGUUUUAUUACGGGUACACAGGAAAUCAAUUUUACUCAAGUGAUGUUUAAGUCAGAAAUUCUUGGCCAGCCCGAUUACUGUGAGGAAAUAUUACAACACUCAGCAGAACAAGAGGCUGCAGGAGAGAGUGAAGCAACACAAGAGGGGAGAGGUGGAAAGAGACAGCUCAGACUGGGGGAGACCUGGUGGUGCCACUUUGACAGACAAGCACAUGGAAAUGUGCUUACAUUCAUUCACCCACCAGAAGAAGCCUGUCCAAUAGGGAAAAAACCUGGCCUUCAACAUCCAGAAUGCACUUAUGUUCCCUUUAGUCAGAAAGGAAUAACACAUCCCUUUCCUAGAAAUUGUAUGGCUAUGUAGCACUGAGUUAAUAUUUUUCCCUCUUUUCCUCUACACAGACAGUCCAGUGUUAUAACAGGUCUGUCCUUAAAGUUUCCUGAAUGUGUUUCUAUUGUGUGCUCAAUGAUACAUCCACAAACUUAACAGGUACCCUGACACACAUCCUUGCCCACCAUGUCUCACUUCAGUGGCCAAAAGGUGACAAUAAUGCUACAACACAAAAGACUUAAUGCUGCAUGGUUGUACAUAAUGAGAAUGAUUUUUAUUUGAAAGAUUGUAUAUAAGGUGUGCUUUAACGGGGAGGGAAAUUGUACAGAUUUUGAUCAAACAGGUUUUUCAUGAAACACCGAAUGUAAAUAUUGCUAUUCAAAGUGUGUGAAUAUCACAAGUUUUCAUAGAAAAAUAAAAAUAAAAAAUGU